AUGAGAAUGUUUGUUAGUGGCAGAAGAGUCAAAAGAUGGAAAUUUUUUCAGCUGUUUGCCACUUGUUUUAUAUUAAGCUUCAUGGUUUUUUGGGGCCCGAUCAAAAACCACAUUGUGAACCAUAUGAAGGCCUAUUCCUACAGAUACCUCGUGAAUAGCUAUGACUUUGUGAACGUUUCCCUUUCUCUCAAGCACAGCUCCGAGCAACCUCACUUCCCGUACUUGAUCAACCACAAAGGGAAGUGUCAGGCUCAAGAUGUCCUCCUCUUAUUGUUUAUAAAGACCGCCCCUGCAAACUAUGACAGACGUUCUGCUAUCAGAAAAACGUGGGGCAGCGAGAAUUACGUUCAGUCCCAACUUAAUGCCAACAUCAAAAUUCUGUUUGCCUUAGGAACUCCUGCUCCACCAAAGGGAGAAGAGCUGCAAAAAAGACUGAUUUGGGAAGCUCAGGUGUACAAGGAUAUAAUUCAGCAAGAUUUCGUUGAUUCUUUCUACAAUCUUACUUUAAAAUUACUCCUUCAGUUCAGCUGGACAAAUACCUUUUGUCCACAUGCCAAGUUCCUGAUGACUGCCGAUGAUGAUAUAUUUAUCCACAUGCCAAACCUCAUUGCAUACCUUCAAGGGCUAGAGCAGAUGGGUGUUCAGGACUUUUGGAUUGGUCAUGUUCAUCGUGGUAGCCCUCCCGUUAGGGAUAAAAGCAACAAAUACUACGUUCCCUAUGACAUGUACCAGUGGGCAGCUUACCCGGACUACACGGCGGGUGCCGCCUAUGUCGUCUCCAGCGAUGUUGCUGCCAAAGUCUACGAGGCAUCACAGAUGCUGAAUUCCAGUCUGUACAUAGAUGAUGUGUUCAUGGGCCUCUGUGCCAACAAAAUGGGGAUAGUGCCACAGGACCAUAUGUUUUUUUCUGGGGAAGGUAAGAUUCCGUAUCAUCCUUGCAUCUAUGAAAAGAUGAUGACAUCUCAUGGACACUUAAAAGAUCUGCAGGACCUCUGGAGGGAGGCUACGAAUCCUAAAGUAAAGAACAUUUCAGGAGGGUUUUUUGGUCAAAUAUACUGCAGGUUAAUUAAGAUAGUUCUUUUCUGCAAUUUAAUUUACAGGAGUCCAUAUCCUUGUAGGGCUGCAUUUGCUUAA